AUGAAAUGCGUACGAAAGAACUCUAAAAGGCUAGUGUACAUCUGUGUGUGGUUGGCCAUCUACAUCCACGCAAGCAGCUCACUUCCGCUACUGGAUUACUUUAGUUCAGACCCAACUGAGUCGAGGGCCAUGUCUAGUGACGACGCUGAGAACUCCACAGCUGUAGCAGAGGUUGAUCCGACUGACGAUGGCGCUAGCACUGCGUUGAUUCGUUAUGAUACCGUUAUGCCAGUGUUAAAAGUUGUACUAACACCAAUUGGUCGCAUGUUCCAACCGAUUAUCGAACAAUGGCUGGCGGAUCGUUUCGGACCGUACAUCGACUCGAUCGGUCGCGCAGUGGAAGGCAUUUCACGGUACGCCACGGAUAAUUUCUCCUUCCAAACGGGAGACACCUACUACACGAAGCAUGACCUGCUGGACGGCUAUGGGUACAACUCGCUCAUCAUAACGCUGGCUUCCGGUCGUACAUUCACCAUACUGACGCACAAGUCCAACCGUAAGAUGAACAUCCUGGACGAGUUCCCUCACCUGACGGAAGCACUGAAUGAGGUUCGCAAUCUGAACUGA